AUGUUAAAUUAUGAAAAAUUUAGAAAAAAAGAUAUAAAAUAUAUUAUUCUUGUUCAAGUUCAUAAUCGUUUAGAUUAUUUACAAAUAUUAAUAAAUUCUCUUGAAAAUUUACACAAUAUUGAAAAUUGUUUAAUUAUUUUUAGUCAUGAUGUUUAUAAACCAGAAAUUGACAAACCAAUAAAAAAUAUAACAUUUGGAAGAGUUUUACAAAUAUAUUUUCCAUAUAAUUUACAAUUAUUCCCAAAUAUAUUUCCUGGAUUAUCAAAUGAUGAUUGUCCUCCUUCCAUAUCAAAAGAUGAAAGUGAAAAAUUAAACUGUUCUUCAAAAAAGCAAUAUGAUACAUAUGGUCAUUAUAGAGAUCCUAAUUUAAGUCAAAUAAAGCAUCAUUGGUGGUGGAAAUUAAAUUUUGUAUUUGAAAAAGUAUUUAAGCGUUUUAGAAUUAGUGGUAAAAUAAUUUUAGUAGAAGAGGAUCAUUAUGUAAUGCCAGAUAUGUUACAUGUUUUAAAUUUAAUUACCAUUGAAAAAAAAAAAUUAUGUUUAGAAUGUAAUAUUAUUGUUUUGGGAUCAUAUAAAUUUGAUGAAAAUAAAUAUAUUGACAAUAUUAAUAAAAUUAGUGUAAUGCAAUGGUAUAGUAGUAUGCAUAAUAUGGGAAUGGUUAUUGAUACCAAUUUAUGGAAUAAUAUAAAUAAAUGUUCAGAGUUAUUUUGUACAUAUGAUGAUUAUAAUUGGGAUUGGACACUUUUAAAAAUUAGUCUUGAUUGUAUGAAUAAUAAAAUGAAGGCAUUGUCAAUUACAUCACCUAGAAUUUUACACAUUGGUGAUUGUGGAAUACACAAACAUGAUUGUCAUUCACAAAAAUCUUUGUUAAAAGCAACAAAUUUAUUAGAAUUAUCAAAAAAUAACCUAUUUCCAGAUAAAUUAUUUGUUAAUAAUAAAAUAAAAAAAUCACCAAAACCACCUAAACCUAAUGGAGGUUGGAAUGAUGUUCGUGAUCAUUAUUUAUGUUUACAUAAUUCAUAUAUUUUACCAAAAAAUGAAAAAAAUAGUUUUUUUUCUGAUAAAUAUCAAAAAUAUCAAAAUAAUAAUGGUUUUUUUCCAUUUAUGGAUCUUAACUUUCUUCAAACUUUGCCAUAA